GGGCUGAAUUAUCUGGGUUGGAGGUGGGGGUUUGGGGCUUGUUCUGCUUCCCAGCAGCCAGUUUUGCAGAGUUGUUUUGUAGCAGUUUCUUUUAAGCCCUAGGGAAAGUGAGUUUUGCAGAAGGCGCUUGCACCUCUCAACUUCCAGGAGCACCCCUGGUCUGAGGUUUAUCCUUGCUGCUGAUCCACGGCAGCUUUUUAAAUUCGAGUUUAGAGGAUAAGAGGCAGAGAAUCAGAUGAAUGAGAGCAAAGAUGCCAUUGCUUUGCCUGAUGGGUCUUCUCCCAUCACUUCUUGGCUGCAUGAGGCACUGGAGGAAGCUGAUGCAUGGUGUGGCAGGUCAUCCAUCCAUCUGCUGUAGGGAGGAUAUCUUGUGGAUGCCUUGUAAGCAGGUUUUGGGCUGUGGGAGCCCUCUGCUGAGCCUGUUCCAUUCUGAAGGCAGCAGUUCUGUGAGUGCUUCUGCAUCAGGAUCCAGGUGUAUGGCAUGGCCUGCUGUGUUCUGAGCUCUGCAUUUAGCCCACAUCCUCAGCAUCUCAUUCACAAGCAAGAAACAAGCCUGGCACAUAAGGGAGUUCUCAGGCUGUGUGAGAAGCAACGCUGUGAAAAUGAACCGUUUUGGGCUAAGCUGCUGUAUUUCCAUCCCCCAGAGAGGGGCGCUGUUGGAUUUCAUUCUGGAUCUGGGUCUCCUGAUUUUCUGAAAAGAAACUACUUCCUUCUCCUUUGCUUAUGAGGUUCUAAAAUUUCCCAUGGAUGAGACGAUCACAUCAACAUCCCUGCUCUGGUCCAGCAGUAGAAACAAAGUGCAGGCGACCAAAACCUUGGGAGAAGCUGGAAUGAGCUUUGAAGUUUUGAGCAAAUACGAGUCAGUCCUUGUGUCAUACAAAGCAUGAAAAUAAAGAAGAAAGAACCAUGUGGGACAGAGACCAAGGUGGUGAUGGAGACAGCAGAGUGCAGGAAGGAGGGAGAAACACAAUCCACCCGAGUGGAAAUGUUCAACACCUCCUGGGAACCCCUCCGAAAGGCCCCCAGAUGUGGAAGUGCCACAAGUCGACUGGUCCUCAGUAUAUUCACCUGGCAUCCCUUGGGAAGAGAGCCGCGCAGACACCAACACAUCCGUACCCACCCAAAGGAUCUCCUACUGCUGGAAGAAGAGCUGUCAUUUCGGCUGCCUGAUCCUGGCUGCAGGUCUUCCAUUAGAAAAUGAUCGGCUGUUGCAAUCUGCUUUAUUGCAGAAAGAAGCACUGAAGGCAUGAGGAAAUAUUCGUUGCAUGCAGUUUGCUCGCGCUAAACCAUUCUCAUAGCGUGGGAAAGAAGCAAGCUGCCGGCAUUCGACCCGGGGAUUUAUGCUGCUAAUCUGAUUAGUGUAUGAUGGACGUGUCCAGUUGGAAGGAGAUGGAGGUGGCACUAGUCAGUUUUGACAACGCUGAUCAGAUCGUGGAGGAUCCCUGUUAUUCAAACGACCUCAGCCCUGCCAGCCAGUCGCGGAAAGGCCAUCCCAGCUGCGCCAACCUCCUCUCCAACUGGAGAAUCCUCAUCAACAGUGAAAACGCCAACAAUGAGACCAUUUUCUCCAGGUUCUCUGCUGAGUUCAGCGAGCACCUGGUGGGGGAGCGGGUGGGGAUGGAGGAGGGGGACCAGCGAGUCAUCAUCAACAUCGCUGGGCUGAGGUUUGAGACACGGCUCAAGACCCUCAACCAGUUCCCGGAGACCUUGCUCGGUGACCCAGAGAAGAGGAUGCGGUACUUUGACUCCAUGAGGAAUGAAUAUUUCUUCGAUAGGAACAGGCCCAGUUUUGAUGGGAUCCUGUACUAUUACCAAUCCGGUGGGAAAAUCCGGCGUCCGGCCAACGUACCCAUAGAUGUCUUUGCUGAUGAAAUCACCUUCUAUGAGCUGGGUGACGAAGCCAUGGACCAGUUCAGGGAGGAUGAAGGGUUUAUCAAGGACCCUGAGACCCUCUUACCAACCAAUGACUUUCAUAGGCAAUUCUGGCUGCUCUUUGAGUACCCCGAAAGCUCCAGCGCGGCCAGAGGUGUAGCUUUGGUCUCUGUCCUGGUCAUUGUCAUCUCCAUCAUCAUCUUCUGCAUGGAGACCUUGCCAGAGUUCAGAGAGGAAAGGGAGUAUAAGUCCACCCAGGAGCUUUCUAAGAAUACGACGGACACCUUGCUGGCCCACAGCACCUUCACAGACCCUUUCUUUGUCAUAGAGACUGCCUGCAUCAUCUGGUUCUCCUUCGAGCUGUUCGUCCGAUUCAUCGUUUGCCCGAGCAAGACCGAGUUCUUCAAGAACAUCAUGAACAUCAUUGACAUCGUGUCCAUCAUCCCCUACUUCGUGACGCUCACCACUGAGCUGAUCCAGCAGAGCGAACUCAACGGGCAGCAGAACAUGUCCUUGGCCAUCCUACGGAUCAUCCGCUUGGUGCGGGUCUUCCGGAUCUUCAAGCUGUCCCGGCACUCCAAGGGGCUGCAGAUCCUGGGGCAGACCCUCAAGGCCAGCAUGCGGGAGCUGGGCUUGCUCAUCUUCUUCCUCUUCAUCGGCGUCAUCCUCUUCUCCAGCGCCAUCUAUUUUGCAGAAGUGGACGAGCCGCAGUCCCAUUUCUCCAGCAUCCCCGACGGCUUCUGGUGGGCUGUGGUCACGAUGACGACCGUUGGCUAUGGAGACAUGUGCCCCACCACCUUGGGUGGGAAGAUCGUGGGCACCCUGUGUGCUAUUGCAGGUGUGCUGACCAUCGCCCUGCCCGUCCCCGUCAUCGUCUCAAACUUUAACUAUUUCUACCACAGGGAGACAGAGAAUGAAGAGAAGCAAAUUCUGCCCGGGGAGGUGGAGAGGAUACUCAACAGUGUGGUGACAGGCAACGACAGCAUGGAGUCUCUCAAUAAGACCAAUGGGGGUUACCCUCGAGACAAGGCCAAAAAGUGAUGCUUGUUUCCAUGGCAGAGCUGAGCGCUGUCAGGUGGGGUGGGCUGGAUAAGGCAUGCAACAUCUGCAAGCUGUUUUGUUGUUGUUUUUAUUUUAUUUCAUUUUAAACCAAAUGUGCUGCUGCUUUUAUUUAUUAUUUUUUUUUCUAGACGUUUUUCAAUCUUUGAUUUCCCGUGGCUGUUCAAAUAAAUACCAUCUUUCUUAUCUCUCUUCCCUGCCCCUCGGUCUGCUUUUUAUUACUUGAUGCUCAUCUGUUUGACAUUCAUCUUUCCUGACCACAGCAUCAGAGCACAGUUCCCCCAUGCAUGGAGAUUUUCCCCAUUUGCUGAGAGGCAAAAAGGGGAAAAAAUACAAGAAAUGCUUUCUCUGGUGCCACCCAGCUUCCCAGGGGCAGAGCUAGCCUCAUCUCCCUGCUCUUCUCAGCGCAUUAUCAAUGUUCCCUCUGCAGAUUCAGUUCCCUGGUCUGUGCUGGUGGCACAGCAGGGUGGACGAUGAUGGAUGGGACCGAGCCAGUGGGUGCAGGGAUUUAGAAGGAGAGGGAUGAGGCUGGGAUGCAGCUGUACAGCUGCCAAGGAAGGGCCAUGGCUCAGUGCCCAUAGGGGUUCUGGUGGACCAGCUGAGCUCUGAGAAGGGCAGGGGGGACUUUUAAUGCAAACAAACAUUCGACUUGUGGGUUAUCUGGUGCACGAACGCCCUUCGGGACCAAUCUCCGUGACCUUGUAGCUUUUAUUGUCACUUAUGUUGCUGCAAAUGGAGC